AUGCCACCGAUAGUAGAUUCAGUAAAUAAAAGUCCUAGUAACCGCUACGAUCCUAUCUACACCUCCUCUAUUGUAAUAGAUAAAGUAAAGAAAAUAGGAGGAUUGCUUAAAAGGAAUCUUGAACCAACUGUUAAACCGAGAGCCAUUACACCAGCCAAUUUUCAUAGGCUAGAUCAUAAUACAUUCCCUGGCGCUUUUCCGAUACUAACACCUAAUCAAAAGCAACUUCUCGUUAAAUAUUUAAAUCGUUGGAAAAGUCAAAAGAUCAUGCAAAAUAAUAAGGAGACCUUGGCGGAAGAAAAGUUUAAUUUGUAUUUGAAACGACGUGCAAUUUAUGUGUGGUACGGUAGAUUAAAAGAGAAACAAGUUCAGAAGAGAUGGAACAGAAAAAGAAAAAAUUUAGCAAACAUACCCGAAGAUUUUCAACCUCAAAGUAUAUUAAAACAAUCCGAUAAGCCAAAUAGUCCGAAAUUUCAUCGCAAAAUGUUUAGAAUUGAUCAAAAUCAAAAUAUCAAAACAUAUUCUUAUCCUCACGAAAAUGAUAAUCCAAUAGGAUAUAUUGAAAUCAUUGGAGAAAAAAAUUAUGUGUAUAAUGAAGAAGCUCGCAAGGAAGUAAAAAGAGUUUUGGGAAUUGGUAAUUUCUAUGAAGAAAAAUAUCUAUACAAGGCAAGGACAACAAAAGUUUGGAAAAUGGCACUUGAACAGUAUAGAGAAGGAAAAUAUGCAGACCAAAAAAUAUUGAAAAAAUUAAUGUGA